AUGUCGGUGGGAAGUAAAGCGAAUGACGUGAUUUCACAGUACUAUUCAAGUAUUAGGGAAUGUCUUUCGUCACGAGAUGAUGCCUCUAUUGAAGUAUCACUCAGACUUCUCUGCGGAUUAAUGUCUCGCGGGUAUAAUUUAUCUCAAUUUGCUCCGUUAGUAGCACAACAUGUUGUAAAUGAGCGCGAUGAAGUCGAAAUAUUGGCGCAAAUGCUAAUGAUACAACUUUCUUCAUCAGAUAGCGAUGCCUGCUUGCAAGCAGUAAAUUCUUUAUACACAGCAAUGAAAUCACCACGAGAAUCACGCAGAUUGCGUGCUGUCAAGACACUUACAAGUUUAAAUCAUCCAGAUCUUGUUCAAAUUAUAGAUAAAUUACUUCAAAUUGGAAUGUCCGAUGAUAGUCAAUAUGUUAGAAAAGCAACUCUUAUCGGAUCAGCCAAAUUAGUUAAACUAUGCGAACAAAAAAGACCUGCAGUUAAACGUCAGCUACAAUCCGCUCUUGGAUCAGCAGAUACAAUAGUUAUCUCAGGUGCUAUAUUUGCAUGUGAGAUUAUCAAUGAAGUACAACUUAUUGUAGCAGCAGCCGAUAAAAUUUGGCCAAUUAUGCUUGCUUUAGAUCCAUGGACUCAAUCUCGUGCAUUACAUCACUUACGAUCAUCUCAAAAGUCUACACGUAGCGUAGUGUCAGUUCUUUUACAUAGCCAAAACGCUUCAGUUGUAAUUGAAGCAGCACAAUACUUUAUGGACGAGCCAGAAGUUGCUAUACAGCCAUUAAUACGUCUUUUAUAUUCUCCACCUGUUAUUUCCGUUCACGCUUUUGUUGCUUUAGAAAAAAUUGCGGAAAAAUUCCCAGAUUUGCUAAUUCCUUACGCAAGCCACUUCCUUCCUCCUCAACAAUGCGAGCAUGCAGAGCAUCUUGCAGUACAGAUAUUAGGACACCUCGGGCCAAAGUGUUCUCCAGAUAUUUUAUUAAGAUGGGCUCUUAACUGCGGAAAUUCCUUCGCAGCUCAUUACCUAGGCCAGAAUAACUUCUCAGAAGCAAUCAAAGAACUCCUUGAACGCGGAAAUAGAGCUGUAGCUGAAAUUGCUUCUCAUUACGCUUCAAUACUUGCUAAAACAGAGGCAGGAGAAGCUCUUCUUGCAUCACUUCUCGAACUGGAUGGUCCGCGUGCUCCAGUUGUUGCUGUUUUCUCUGAUACUUGCAGGGAAAACAAAGAAUUAGGUGAUGCAAUGAUUAAAAUUUUGACAGAAAAGUACAACGAACUUCCUCGUGAAGUUAAAACAGAAGGAGCACUUCUAGCGGCAAGAAUGGUUGAUAUCGGAGGCGAAAAUGGCGGACGUCGUCUGCUCGAUAUGUGUCUUUCUGAUGAAAACCAAGACGUGCAGAAAAGAGCGAAAAUUCUCGAUACAAUGGUAAAGAGUGAUAAUGAAAAAAUGCGUAAGACUGUAUGGUCAACAAGACCACCGCCACCACCUUCUCCUCCUGUUAUAUUUAUUCCUGAUUUUGAAUAA